AUGGCCGUAUCCGUCCAACCCCCCACCCGCGACCGCACCGCCGGCCACCGCACCAAAAAGUCCACGUCUUCCGUCUCCGUUGCUCCCGUAUCAGAACCCCAACCCAUCGACCCAGCCAUCAUCAACCGCCCCAACGAUCUCUCUGCGGUACCCUCUCUCCUCUCCGCCAUCUUCACUCAAGGCAUCGCGGCCGUCUCGUCCCCCUCAGAUGACGGCACGCGGCUCGCCCUCCUCUCGUCCGCGCGGGCCCUCGUGUUGGCACUCGAAAGCCCGCGCGAGACCAUGCUCCGGCAGUGCUGGGCCGACACGGUCUGCAUGUCCACCUUGUCGGUCGGCGUCGACACGGGCGUGUGGGCCUACCUCGGGCGAGACGACCGACCGAAGCGCGUGGCGGACAUUGCUGCGGCCACGGGGUUUGAGGCGGCAUACCUGGCCCGACUGCUGAAGCACGUGGCUGCCAUGGGCCAUGUGAUUGAGACGGGCAAGGACGAGUAUAAGCCGACCAACUUUAGUAAAGCGCUGGCGAUCCCGACUUUGGGGGCUGCGUACCCUUUGUUCACGGGACCAGGUAACACGGGCGGCGUCCUCCGCUGCACGGCCUCGUUCCCUUCCUACCUCAAGUCCACCAACCUCACCACCCCGACUUCCAUCACCAACAGUAACACGCAGUUCGCCUUCGACACCCCCAAGAACUUUUUUGAGCUGUGCCAUGACCCGGCAUAUGCGCCCAUGGGGGCCCAGUUCAACACGCACAUGGGGUCGUACGCCUUUGGCCGGCCCACGUGGGUGGACGAGGGCUUUUAUCCCGUGGGGGAGCGCCUGCUUGAGGGUUUCGAUGACGAGGAUGAGACGGCGGCGUUGUUGGUGGAUAUUGGCGGGAGUAUCGGGCAUGAUUUGCAGAAAUUCAGGGAUGCCUUUCCGGAAGCGAAGGGAAGACUGGUCCUGCAGGAUCUGGAGCCCGUGGUGGCGCAGGUGAAGGAGGACGAAUUGGAUGCGAGUAUUGAGAGGAUGGCGUAUGACUUUUUGACGGAGCAGCCGGUUAAGGGAGCUCGCGCGUACUACAUGCAUUCGGUCCUGCACGACUGGCCGGAUCAUCAGUGCAUCCCCAUUCUGGAAAACGUCAAGGCGGCCAUGAAGCCGGGCUACUCGCGCUUGUUGAUCAACGAGAACGUAAUCCCUGACGUGGGCGCAAGCUGGGAGAGCACCUCGUUGGAUAUCAUGAUGUCGUGCUUGGUGUCGUCCAAGGAGAGGACAAGGGACGAGUGGGUGCAGUUGUUGGAGCGCGAUGCUGGCCUCAAGAUCACCGGGUUUUAUCCGGUUGGGAAUGGCGUGGAGAGUAUCAUUGAGUCCAUGGCACCUCCACGACUCCCUGAUCUGCCAACCGAGCUGAUCUACCUCAUCGCCGCCCACCUCCCCAAAGCUUGCGAUCUCUCCGCCUUGGCCCGGACAAAUCAACGGCUCUACUGCAUCAUCAACAACAUUCUCUACACCGGAGCUGUCAAGCCCGGCACCGACCCUCAACCCCUUCUCUGGGCUACCCGACAUGGAGUCCCGUCCACCGUAGACAAGGCCAUUUGCGCCGGCGCCAAGCCAGACUACCUCUUCGAGUUUGUCCUCUCCCGCAAGGCCUGGGAACUCGUCUGUAUCCUCGAACGCGCUGCCGCCCCCAACGAGAACUCGGACUUUGAAGACUGGAACUGGCCCCCUCACUCCAACACCAACUACAGCAACUCGGCCACCCCCGAGCUCUACCGCGACCUUCACGAUAUCAUGGGCACCAUGCGCGCCCCGUGGGAUCCCCGCCCCAACCCCCCUCCCAACAACCUGUCCGGCCCCGCGAACCCCCUUCUCGACCUGUUGGAGAACGAACCAACCCAAGUACUUAGUGGUUCCGAGACUGAACCUCUUUCGGAGCCUGAUGAUCCCAUGCCCUUCCCCCCUCCACCAGGAGGAGGAGGAUUGGUGGGCGCUUUUCUCGGUAACCUGUUUCAAGCCGUUCACAACCACAACCACAACCCCUUCAAUGACGAUGACGAAGAAGACGACGACGACGACGACGAGGAUGACGAUGACCUCAUGGAUGAGGACAGCGAGGUCGAGGAGUGGGUACACAACAUACGAGCCAGGGGAAUCACCCGCCGCUGUGCCCCCAUACACAUAGCUGCCAAGGAGGGCCAUAACGCCGUCAUCGAAAAGCUGCUGGAGCACGGUGCCAACAUCCAUCUCGAGGCAGAGUGGUACUGCUCCUGCCGCCCACCCCUCUCGCUGUGGGAGACGCGCGAACUCGAGGCGGCCGGCACACUGCGCGAGAACCUGGAAGCUUCAUAUUGGCCGGCUGUCCACCUAGCCAUGUGCUUUGCGCGUUUCGAUACUGCCAAGUUUCUUAUUGAGCGCGGUGCCCUUAACAAUAUCCCCAAGGGUCAUCUGGGUUUCACCAUCCUCCACCAAGCUGCUUCUAUAGGAAACCUCGACAUGCUCAAGUACAUUGUCAAAGCCGGCAAGGCCACCUGGCCCACGGUCGAUAUCGAAGACGACAUGGGCCUGACGCCUCUGUAUUUUGCCUGUGCCAAGGGCCAUUGGGACACAAUCGUCCCCUACCUGAUUGAGCAGGGCGCCAACAUAGACAAGGAGUUUGAGGUGGAUCUGUGGGAAUUCAAGGCCAAGACGACGGUCCUCGGCGAAGCUUGCUACCUCGGCCAUUACGAUCGCGCCCUGAAGCUCAUUGAGCUGGGUGCAGAUGUCAAGCAGCAGCUCGAGUUCAAUCAGCUGACAUUUGGGAGACGACACCGCCUGGAAGAAGCGGAUAACGAAAACGAGGAAGCUGGCGAUGGCAUCAAGAAGAUCCCUCUUCUCCACGUAUGCUGCACCUCCCCUCGACCAAAGGAUGACGACUACUACUCAAACCCAUCAGUUCGGUCGGCACCUUUCAGACUGGCCAGAACCGAGGAGCCGACAGCCUUGGAACGCGUAGCCCUGAUAGAAAGGCUUCUGGCUGCGGGCACGCCCAUUGAUCAAACCUGGGACGACGGCAAUGGCGAAACCCCUUUGUUUAUGGCUGCACAGUUUCACGUCACCUCAGCUGUCAGGGCCUUGUUGAAGGCUGGUGCCAAUCCCCUUGUCCAGGAUAAAAAUGGCCGAAACGCCUUGAUGGCCGCACUUUAUCACCCACUAGGCGAAGAGCCCUGGACCACGUUUGCCGAGUGCUUCCCAUCGAGUUCCAAGCCAGACAAGGCGCCCGAAAUUGUGCGUUUGCUCCUAGAGGCAGGCGUUCCAGUCAACCAUCAGGACUCAAAGGGACGUACCGCGUUGCACCUUGUCUUCCGGCCCAGGAGAGCCUACGAACUAGGAGCGGCAACAGACGCCAUCUGCAGCAUCGUCCGAUUGCUGUUCGACGCUGGCAUUGACCCAUGCAUUCGCGCCAAGGACAAGACCCCCGUCCUGAAGAACGCACUCAAAUGGGAUUACGGCCGCGCUGCUGAUCUCCUCGUCCAAUUCCACGGUCCCGCCCUUGGCUCGCAUUUGGACCCCAAGGAGUUCCGAGAAUUCUAUCUAAUGAUAGCCGAAGCCACCUCUCCCAGGAUUUACGCCACGUAUGGGGCUCCUGAAUCAGCCUCUUCGUAUGACUUGCUUCUGGAUAUCGACAGCUCUCAUCACCUCACGUCCGACAAGAGCCUUUUAUUCGACCUGAUCAAGAAAGGGUCCGAGAACGGAGAAUGCUUCUCGGCAGCCGAAAAGCUUGGCAAGCGUGGCCUCCAUCGCAUGGACCUGACGCUCGAGGAAAAGACCAAACUGAUGAAGAAAAGCAUUGACCAUGAUCUGCACAAGCUGAUGAUAGAGCUUGUCAACGUCACCGUCCACGCCGUCGCGCCGUCCGUUCUUCGAGACAAGGCCGUGCUCGAAGAAGCCCUACUGCACAUCCUCCGCAAUCCCCGACGGCUACACUUUUCGGAACCCAUGAUUGCCCAUCUCAUCAACGCCGGCGCCGACCUCCACCGGCCAUGCCCUUACCAGCUGGAAAAGAAAGCAUCCGAUACCACCACCUCCACCACCACCACCACCACCACCACCUACCUGCCCCCCCUCUACACCGCCAUCUGCUACGGCCAUGUCAAGGUCGUCAAGUACAUGCUCUCCAAGCAACCCAUCCACGGCAACCCCCACGCCCUGCUCAACCCUUACCUCCACCAGGCCGUCAACCUCGACCCGGCCAUCCGGGAGAAAUGGCCCCUCACCAAUCAGCAGGACGAGGCCAAGACGCGCAGUGACAUGGUCCGUGCGCUCAUCGAGGCCGGCGCCGACCCGGCCCUGCUCAACAAAAACAAGGACACGGCGCUGUCCAUACUUGUAAAGGGCCUAGCCGCCGAUCCAGAUCGCAGAAUGCUCAAGAGUCUGGGCCAUUUGAUCAAGCCGCUGAGUCGCGGGGUGGAUAUCAAUGUGGUGAAUAAGGAAGGGAAGAGUGUGGCGGACUAUCUGAAGGAGUUGAUAGUUUGGAGGGAGGUGGAGGAGAAGGAUCGGGAUGGUCCAAGUACGAGUGAGGCCAAGAUGAAGGUUAAGAGGAUCAAUGAGGCUAUCAGGAUGUUGAGAUGUAGGAUGGAGUUGGUCAAAGAGGAGUCGGAUGAUGAGAAAGGUGAGGGUAAGGAGAAGGGGGAAGGGAAGGGAGAGGGCAGGUUGAUGAUCAAGUGGUAUGUUCCCAAGGGAGGUCCGGCGGCCACGGGAGGCAAUCCGGUGUGUCCGCCGAUGCCGGCGAGGGAGAGAGGGAGGUACGCAGGGUAUGGAUCAUAUCUGUAA